AUGGCGCGCGGAAAGUGCGAACAAUUGACCCGACACACCCAACGAUCCCCUGAGCGAGAGACCUUACCAACAGCAGCAGAUCUAGAGGCAAACCGCCCACUUCUGUCCAAAACGUCCACCCUGCACGAAGUUGCCGAGGUCCAAAGCCACUCCCAACAUAAGGUCAACGAAAUACAAGGACGGAGAAGGUGGCCCUGGUCCAGCUGGACUUUUCAACUCAGUGGAUGGGUCGUUUCUGACGCAAUCUUGGGGCUGUCCGAUGGCCUCACCGUACCCUUCGCACUCACUGCUGGUUUAACAGCUCUGGGAGACACGAGAGUUGUCAUCCUUGGCGGGAUUGCAGAGCUGAUCGCUGGUGCGAUAUCAAUGGGCCUCGGGGGAUAUGUUGGUGCAAAGAGCGAAGUCGAAUCAUUCAAUGCCACAGCGCGAAGUUGCAGCCAGCUUAUGCUGCAUGAGCCCGAGACUGCAAGGGACCUCGUCCGAGAGUACUUCGAGCAAUUCGGACUGUCAGCAAAAGACACGACAAGAGUUGUUGACCACAUCAGAGCGUCAGCACCAAUGUUCAAAGAAUUCCUCAUGCAGAACCAUUUCCAGGCAGCCAAGCCAGAAACAAACCGACCUUACCUGUCAGCACUCACUCUGGCACUCAGCUAUUUCGUUGGGGGGUUCAUCCCGUUGAUACCAUAUUUCGUUGUGGCUCGUGAUGAUGUACUGGCUGGUCUAUGGUGGAGCAUCGGCCUCAUGGCUUUGGUGCUGCUGAUCUUUGGAUACGUGAAGACGGGCGUCGUUCGGGGCUGGACUGGGAGAGACAACUACCGAGCGUGUACGGCCGGAGCAGGGCAGAUGCUGAUAGUGGGUAUCAUUGCUGCUGGGGCAGCAGUCUGCCUGGUUCGCUUCAUCAACGCUGAAUAA